CUGGUGGCGGUAAUGCACUAUUUCGUUGUUAAAAAUGUCAUGAAAAAUCAAGAAGAAGAAGGAGGAGAAGAAGAAGAGCGCCCAACAAGCCUUUCAAUGGAAACUGAAAGCUAACACGGGCUCAUGACAAGGCAGCUUUGACAGAAUCUCUGAUCUCCUGGAAGGUAGCAGGUGGAGCAGGUGUCAACAGAGACGGAGCCAGGAGGGGGACUGAUUUACCUGUGAAGACAAGGAAAAAGGAGGAGACGGGCACAAAGAGGGCUGCAAAUGGCUGGCUUUCUGGAUAACUUCCGCUGGCCAGAGUGCGAUUGCAUCGACUGGGGAGAGAGGAGGAACGCAGUGGCUUCUAUUGUGGCUGGAGUUCUGUUCUUCACAGGCUGGUGGAUCAUGAUUGAUGCAGCAGUGGCGUAUCCGACCAAGGAGCAAUUGAACCAUGCCUUCCACACAUGUGGUGUCUUCUCCACCAUAGCAUUUUUCAUGAUCAAUGCAGUUUCUAAUGGCCAGGUGAGGGGAGACACGUAUGGAGAAGGCUGUCUUGGCAGAACAGGAGCUCGUGUCUGGCUGUUUAUUGGUUUUAUGAUAAUGUUUGGCUCGCUCAUCGCCUCUAUCUGGAUCCUUUUCGGUGGCUACGUGGUGCCAAAGAAUGAAGUGGCACCAGGCCUGGCUGUAUUCUUUCAGAAUGCCUUCAUCUUUUUUAGCACUCUGAUCUACAAGUUUGGCCGGACUGAAGAUUUAUGGGGUUAGAGGGUCUGUCUUAUUACUGACACACAAACACAGGGUCCUUAGGGUCAGUAUUUUAAGUAAAACAUUUAUAGAACCUCCACUCCAAACACAUGAAUCCAUAAAUUUUAUAACCAGCACUGCUUUUUAACUGGCAAGCACACACACACACACACACACACACACACACACACACACACAGGCUCUGUCACUGGUUUGUUGGUCAUUUGUGUAUUUUUUGUUUUGUUCAUGCUGUUUAAAUGAGGGAAUUUCUGUUUGUUGUUGUGAACUGAGGAACCAGGCUCAUUUAGUUUCAUUGCAUCUCCAGUGAAUCCCCAUAUGUUGAGGGUUACAGUGUAAUUUCACUGUAGUGUAUAAAGUGUGUAAAUAUGUUGUGAGGUGGAUGUCAGAGCAGCCUCUUUUGUCUUCUUGCACUUUGUCCUGGUUUAUCUCCUGUUUGUAAAAUGAGAUGUAAGUAUUCAGGUUCUUGGGAUUUUUUUUCAGUAGCCACUUAAUGUCUGUAAAUAUUCCAGAAGAGAACAAAUCUUGUGAAGCUGUCAAUCAGACUGCUGUAGUAACAGUAUUAAGGAACUCGUAAUGGGCUCCUUUCUACCACAUAUAGAUGUGAAACUUUUUUAAUCAAGUGAGAUACACCUGUACCCUAAGGCUUUGACCUGUACAGGGUAAAGGGAAGAUGGAAACAGCCUUUUUAUCAUUCUUCUGACCUGUCAAGCUCCUAAGAUGUGAAAAAUAAAAACAAAAAGUGUCUUAUCGGCCAAAA